GUACACAUCAACCGUUAGAAUGCCGCGUGCUUUUGGAAUUAUUUGGAAUUCGCAAAAAGACUGAAACUUACAAUCUCCCAAAAAUAUAUGUUUUAUCCCCCAAGUGAUUAAAUUAAACACGCCAAAAUGUACGCAGCAGUUAAGCCGCUCUCUAAAUAUCUGCAGUUCAAGUCGGUGCACAUCUACGAUGCCAUUUUCACGCUGCACUCGAAGGUCACGGUGGCCUUGCUUUUGGCCUGCACUUUUCUGCUUUCCUCGAAACAAUAUUUCGGGGAUCCCAUCCAGUGCUUGGGAAACAAGGACAUGGACUUUGUGCACGCCUUCUGCUGGAUUUACGGGGCCUAUGUGCACGGCAAUACAUCUUUGGAGCCCCUUAAAAAUGGAGCAGCACAGUGCCGACCAGAUACGAUGGGUACUGUUCCCAUGGAGAAGCGCCGCUACAUCAUCUACUAUCAGUGGGUGGUUCUGGUCCUGCUCCUCGAAUCCUUUGUGUUCUAUUUGCCCGCCUUCCUCUGGAAGAUUUGGGAGGGCGGUCGGCUGAAGCACCUUUGCGACGACUUCCACAAGAUGGCCGUUUGCAAGGACAAGAGCAGGACCCAUCUCCGCGUGCUGGUCAAGUACUUCUCCAGCGACUACAAGGAGACCCACUUCCGCUACUUCGCCAGCUACGUCUUUUGCGAGAUCCUUAACCUGAGCGUCAGUAUUAUAAACUUCAUUCUCCUGGACUUAUUUUUCGGCGGUUUCUGGGCCCGCUACUGGCAUGCCUUAGUGGCCCUAUCUGAUGGCGACUUUAAUAAUUGGAACAGUAUCACGAUGCAGGUCUUCCCCAAGUGUGCCAAGUGCGAAGUCUACAAGGGCGGCCCCAGCGGAUCUCCCACCAUAUACGACCAUCUGUGCCUGCUGCCCCUUAAUAUUCUGAACGAGAAGAUAUUUGCCUUCCUGUGGAUGUGGUUCAUUCUGGUGGCUGCACUGGUUUCCCUGAAGUUCCUGUACCGCCUGGCCACCGCUUUAUACCCCGGAAUGCGAUUGCAGUUGCUGCGUGCCAGGGCUCGUUUUAUGCCCAAGUUGCACCUGCAGGUGGCACUGCGCAACUGCAGUUUUGGCGAUUGGUUCGUGCUAAUGCGCGUGGGCAACAACAUCAGCCCGGAGAUGUUCCGUAAGCUGCUGGAAGAGCUGUACGAGGAACAGUCCCUAACGAAGAAAAUCCCGCCAGGAGCGGACGAAAUCUAACAGCUCAACAUUGACACUUCAUUGAAUCUCAAGUUAGUCAACUGCAUUUACUUUAUUUAUGAAUUACAUCUGUAGUAGAAGACUAAGAUGACAUGCGACAACUAUAAGACAUUUUGAUUCCUAUUAACGUUACCCAUCGAUAUGUACAUAUUAUCGAACAAAUUGUUCUAAGCGAAUUAUAGCAUUUUCAGUUGCUCACCACAUACUCAUAUUUCUUAUUACCCAAAAAAGUUUUUGACCACUUUCAAUGUUAAAUGGUUUAAAUUCGGCUAGAAACUGAAUACUUUACUUAUGAAAAUGUGUAUGCUUUAAGAAUUUAAGUUAAUCUCAUGCAACGAUUAAAGAUUGGUAAA